AAAAUCGAAUUCAUCAAUGGCGUUUCUCCUGAGUGGAGAUAUACGCAAACCCCAUUAUACCCACCACCACCAUCAUUCCUUUCCUCCAUUCUUUUUUAUUCUCUCUUUUUAAUCCUUUCACUUUCACAAUUUCAUUUUCAUUUUUAUUCCUUUUUCAGCUUUUGAUUUCUCCAAAACCAUAACCUAUAUGCAAAAGGAGAAUCAAUUCUGAAUUAGGGCUUUUUCAUCCCUUCUCCACCAUGGGAAACAUCUCUAGCAACGGUUCCAACAACCGUCGCCGCCACGGUCCCGCUUCCCGGAGAACUCACCCGCCGCCACCACCUCCGGUAACACCUCAACCCGAAAUUGCCACGCAUCAAUUUAUCUAUCCCGGUGCCCCGCCGUACCCGAACCCGAACCCUCCUAUGCAUUAUCCUCAGUAUCAUUAUCCUGGCUAUUAUCCACCACAGCCGGUACCUAUGCCUCAUCAUCAUCAACAGCAUCCUCAACAUCCUCAUCAUCAUCAGCAACAGCAUCCUCAUCCGCAUAUGGACCCUGAUUGGGCUUCCCGGUAUUACCCUUGUGGACCGGUGAUGAAUCAGCCUGCUCCGUUUGUUGAGCAUCAGAAAGCUGUUACUAUAAGGAAUGAUGUUAAUAUUAAGAAGGAGACUCUUUCGAUUUCGCCCGAUGAGGAAAACGCUGGGUUCUUCCUCGUUUCUUUUACAUUUGAUGCCACCAUUUCUGGGAGCAUCACCAUAUUUUUCUUUGCCAAAGAAGAUGAAGGCUGCAUCCUCACACCGACCAAGGAAAACCUUCUUGCACCUGUAACUAUACAAUUCCAGCAAGGUCUUGGACAGAAGUUUAGACAGCAAGCUGGAACUGGUAUUAACUUUUCAACGUUUGAGGAGUCAGAUUUAUUGAAGGUGGGUGACAUGGAUGUAUACCCUUUGGCAGUGAAGGCAGAGGCAUCCUCUAAUAAUCACGAUGAAUCAAAUGAAACUGUGGCAACUGGCAACACAAACUCUCAGAUAACUCAAGCGGUGUUCGAAAAGGAAAAAGGAGAAUUCCGGGUAAAAGUUGUUAAGCAGAUCUUGUCGGUGAAUGGAAUGCGGUAUGAACUGCAGGAGAUAUAUGGUAUUGGAAAUUCAGUGGAGAGUGGCGUGGAUGACAACGACCAAGGAAAAGAGUGCGUGAUCUGCUUGUCGGAGCCUCGUGACACAAUUGUUCAUCCCUGCCGACAUAUGUGCAUGUGCAGCGGAUGUGCGAAGGUUUUGAGGUUCCAGACAAAUAGAUGCCCGAUUUGCAGACAACCAGUUGAGAGGCUUUUGGAGAUAAAGGUAGGGACUGAGGAGUAAAGAAGAUACAUACAUUGUUAACUCUAUAAACUUCUUGUACAGCCCAACUGUAAUAAUAAUACUUUUCCCUGGUUUCUUUUCA